ACCCGUUCGAUUAGGAUUCUCCCAUAAAUAUAAGAGCAACUCGAGAAAACAACGUUAGGGUUUUCAGAGAUAGAGCCUCCUUACUUGUCAUCGGCAUCUUGCGACUUAGCUCUCUCGCGCAGUCACACAAAAUGGCAACUCAAAUAAGCAAGAAGCGAAAGUUCGUUGCUGACGGCGUGUUCUUCGCCGAGCUGAACGAGGUCCUGACCCGGGAGCUUGCGGAGGAUGGCUACUCUGGAGUCGAGGUCAGAGUUACCCCGAUGCGCACUGAGAUCAUCAUCAGAGCAACCCGUACUCAGAAUGUUCUUGGUGAGAAGGGGAGAAGAAUCAGGGAGCUGACAUCUGUGGUGCAGAAGAGAUUCAAGUUCCCAGAGAACAGCGUUGAACUAUAUGCCGAGAAGGUUAACAACAGAGGGCUCUGCGCUAUUGCUCAGGCUGAGUCUCUUCGCUACAAGCUUCUCGGUGGUCUUGCUGUUCGCAGGGCCUGCUAUGGUGUUCUGAGGUUCAUAAUGGAAUCUGGGGCAAAGGGUUGUGAGGUCAUUGUUAGUGGAAAGCUAAGGGCGCAGCGUGCCAAGUCUAUGAAGUUCAAGGAUGGGUACAUGAUAUCAUCUGGCCAGCCAGUCAAUGAGUACAUUGACUCUGCUGUGAGACACGUGUUGUUGAGACAGGGCGUGCUUGGUAUUAAGGUAAAGAUAAUGCUUGAUUGGGAUCCAAAGGGAAAGCAAGGCCCCACUACUCCUCUACCCGAUCUUGUCACAAUUCACACUCCCAAGGAGGAAGAGGAAUACAUAAGGCAACCUGUGAUGGCGGCUGAGGUUGAAGUUCCAGUGGUGGCCUAAUUCCCCAACACUGUUGCUCUGAUUAUUGUCUAAGCUCUAUGUAGUCUGGAUCUCGGAAUGCGCUUUUCUUUUUCUUUUUCAGCCUUCGUAGGCUACCUUAAAACUUAUAUUGGGUUCUUUUAGAUAAUUUUAAAUUGGUAUUUUGGACUACACAAAUUUGUGUGUUUUAUUAUGUUCAAUCCAGCUCAAUUUUGUUUUGAGGAGUUUUAUUUGUUGUGAUUUGAAGAUAUGUUAGUAUCUGGCAAGUAGUGCUACAA